AUGCCUCAAAACACAUUGGGCCGACUGAAUGGUCUCAAUCUCCUCAGCCUUCGAUCCAAUAACCUCAACGGGAACCUUCCGUCUGACGUCCUUUCUCUGACUUCCCUCCGAUAUAUUGACCUCCAACUGAACAACUUUUCGGGUGAUAUACCGUUAUCCAACUUCUCAUCACAACUCAAUGUCGUUGAUUUUUCGUUCAACUCGUUAACAGGGGAAAUUCCAGACGCGUUCCAGAAUCUCACUGCUCUCUACCUCCAAAACAAUUCUCUAUCGGGGACCAUACCAAAUCUCGAUUUUCCAAACCUUAAGCGAUUCAACGUUAGCAAUAAUAACCUCAGUGGAUCAAUUCCAUCCCAUCUUCGAACAUUUCGCGCAGAUUCCUUCUCUGGAAACUCUUUUUUGUGUGGGGGGCCUCUCGUUGACUGCCCUUCUGUUUCUCCUUCUCCUUCUCAAUCUUUCUUCCCACCAUCUACUUCUCCGGGCCCUGGCCUAGGCCCAUUUUCACCGGUAUUUCAAGAAAGAAGCACAAUAAGCACGAGAACUAUAAUUGCAAUUAUUGUAGGUGGCGCGGCAUUCCUAGUUGCUGUGGCUCUGGCAGUGUUGGCAUGUUUUUACAUCAGGCGAAAAAGAAGUUCCAAAAGCGGACUGGUUAAAGGAAAAGUCCUCGAGAAGGAGAUGAUGCCGAAGGAAGACUUUUCGAGUGGAAUUCAAGACUCGGAGAAAAACAAAUUGGUGUUCUUCGAAGGAACCUCGUAUAAUUUUAAUCUCGAGGAUUUGUUGAGAGCCUCGGCUGAGAUUCUUGGGAAAGGAAGCUACGGCACGACGUACGCAGCUAUUCUCGAAGAGGGAUUGGAGGUGGUGGUGAAGCGGCUGAGAGAGGAUGAGAAACUCCUUGUUUAUGAUGAUGUAAUUGGUGCUAGCUUAUCAACUCUACUUCAUGGGGAUAAUGAGAAUGGAAGAAUUCUUGAUUGGGAACAAAGGGUCAAGAUUUCGCUAGACGCAGCUAAGGGAGUGGCGCAUAUACAUUCGUUUAAAUCGACUCACGGCAACAUCAAGUCCUCAAACGUACUCAUCACACAAGACAUGAGUGCAAAGAUCACAGAUUUCGGCCUCACUCAUCUGAUAGCAACCCCAUCUAUCCCACCAAGAAGCAUGGGUUACCGAGCACCCGAGCAGGUCGAAACCGUCAAGUCGAACCAAAAGUCAGAUGUUUACGCCUUUGGAGUUCUCCUCUUGGAAUUGCUCACCGGAAAAGCACCGACUCAAGCAAUAGGCCAAGACGAGGCCUUGGACCUUCCAGGAUGGGUUCAGUCGGUAGUGAGAGAGGAAUGGACGGCUGAGGUUUUUGAUGCCAAUCUCGUCAGGUAUCAUAAAAAUGCUGAGGAUGAAAUGGUUCAAUUGCUUCAAAUCGGAAUGGCGUGCGUGACAAAGGCACCCGAGAGGCGGCCUGCAAUGGAUGAGAUUGUUAGAAUGAUUGAGGAAAUCCGCCAGCUGGAUUGCGAGGACCGAGUACCAUCCGGAAAGUCGAGGAGCACAAGUCCGACGUUGUAG